UUUUUCAAAGAAAUUUUGGUCAGGAGGUGUGCUUUCAUCUCAACGUAGUGAGACAACUAACAAAUCAGUUUCUCAAAGGCUUAACAAGACACAAGGUCUAUGUGAUUUCUAUCAAGUGUUUCUCGAUGUGGUUCAAGAGUGGAGAAGCAAAGAAAAAGGGAGAGAUUAUAAUACAAUCAGAGGUAAUCGUCAUUUGGCCUUUGCAUACAUUGGGAUUCUUGUUCAUGCUAGAUCAUUGUAUACUAUUCAAGCUUAUGUGCUUUUUGAGGAAGAGUUCAUUAAGGGUACUGCUUGUGAUCAUAAGGAUGCUGGUGUGAAUUUUCCUGAAUAUUAUUAUCAUUUGUGGAGACCUGGGAAAGAUAUGAUCAAGCACGAGGUUGUUUUUAAUAAAGAAACACAUGCAAUAUGUUGUACAUGCAUGUUGUUUAGUGAAAUGGGUUUGCUUUGUUGUCAUGCUCUUCGAAUUUAUCAUAUGAAUUGUGUUCAUAAGAUUCCAGAUGACUAUAUAUGUAAGAGGUGGACUAAGGCUGCUAUGUGUAGUCAUGGCCUUGAUGAACCUACAAUGAAAACCAAUGUAGUAUCUACAAGUGUUUGGAGGACACAAACACUAAGGAAAUUUGUUAAGUUGGUAACAAGUUGUCAACACUCUUUGAAUGCUAGAGCAGAGGUUGAAAGUUAUUUCAAUAUUUUAAAAGAAAAGAUUGAGAGUGUUACUGGUACUAUUGAUUUUAAUGAACCGGUUGAAGGUAUUGAAAUUGUUGAUCAUGAAGUUAAGAAUCCGGCAAAAUCAAGACCUAUUGGAGAGAGGAAUUAUAGGCCUAAGAGUAAUUUAGAGAAGGCUUAUAACAAAGCCAGGGGUCAGUGGUUGAAGAAAAAGUCAGUAUACACUCCUUAUAAAAGAUCUAAAGGUCAACCAGUAGUUCAGGUAAUAAUGCACAUUUAUGUUUUUGUUAUUGAUCAUUUAUGUUCAAGAAUUGAACAUUUUUGUUUUGCCUUAGGAAUUGGACGAGAAUGGGUGUCUUAUAUCUUAUGCUAAUUCUUUGGCUGAUCCUAAUGAGUUAAUUGUGAUUGAAGAUCCAAGUGCUCAGGUAAAAACUUAUUUUCUUUUUUAUUUUAUCUGUUUUUAUCAAAUUCUUUAGAAUAUAAAACAUUUUUACUUUUAAUUUUUUUUCAAGGUUUGUAAUAAAAAGACUGCCAUUGUAGAAGAUAUCCCUUCAGAUGAUAGUGUUUCAAAUGACUUUGAACAGGAAUAUGGAUAUAGCUCUAUGCAAUCAAACGUUACUGUUGAUCCAGACAUAUCUUCUAUUGUUAAGGUGAAAUAUUAAUCAUCUACCUUUUAAUUUUGUAUAAGGUCAUUAUGAAUUUUGAAUUUGAUCAUUAAUUAUUUUAAUUUUGAUCAUUAGGGUAAAACAACUGCAAUUGCUCAUGAUGUUGAUAAUUUUCCAACAAGUUCUCAAUUGCCACCAAAGAAACCAAGAAAUGUACAAUUUCCCACAGUUGUGCAUGCU